AUGGAACCCAGAAAUCAAAGAGGUGUUUUAAAAUUCAUUUUUCUGGGACUUACAAAGGAUCCAGAAUUGCAGCCCCUCCUCUUUAGCCUAUUUCUGUCCAUAUACCUGGUUGCCCUCCUGGGAAACCUCCUCAUCAUCCUGGCUGUCAGCUCUGCCUCCCACCUCCACACCCCCAUGUACUUCUUUGUCUCUAGUCUCUCCUUCACUGAUAUCUGUUUCAGUACAACCAUGAUCCCGAACAUGCUGGUGAACAUCCAAGCACAGAAUCAUAGCAUCAUUUACAUAGGAUACCUCACCCAGGUCUGCUUUGUCCUGGUAUUUACCAGUUUAGAUAAUUUUCUCCUUGCAACAGUAGGCUAUGACCUCUAUGUGGCCAUCUGCCACCCACUGAUAUACACCACCAUCAUGAACACCUGCCUCUGUGGCUUGCUCUCCCUACUCUCCUUAUUAAUCAGCAUUGCGAAUGUCCUAACUCACAGUCUGAUGGUGUUGCAUCUGUCCUUCUGCACAGACCUGGAAAUCCCUCGUUUCUUCUGUGAACUUGAUCAGAUUCUCAAGCUCGCCUGUUCUGAUACCAUUAUCAAUUACAUCCUAGUGUAUUUUGUGGCUUCUUUUUUCUUUUUUGUGGUGGUGUUCCUCUCUCUGGAAUCAUUUUCUCUUACACUCAGAUUGUCUCCUCUACUAUGA